GAUGGUGUGGUGCUGUGUCCAAGGAAAUACCUAAGAGGAGAGCCCUGUGGAAAGUGAGACAGGAUUAUGUUCUGGAGGACGAUUGCGAACACCUUUCAGUUGUGGUUCUGGAUAGUAGGCAUGGGCCCUGCCUGUGCUACAGGUCCCACUGAGGGAGCUUUAUGCUGGGGUGGACGUCCCUGGGCUGCUGGAAACUUCAGCUGUGUGGAUCCCGAGCCUUAUCUGUUAAUUGGCCUUGGAAACAGCAUUCUCAGAAUGAACUUUGAUGGUGGGGACCAGAGAAGGAUUGUGUCUGUGGUGGGGAGGUCCAUCUUGUUGGACUUCCACUUAAGUGAAGGUACAGUGGUCUGGGCCGAUAGACAUGCAGGAGUAAUCAACAGGGCAGGAUUGGAUGGAACAGGCAGACAGAAGCUUCUCUCAUCAGUGAAAGGAAUCACAGGGUUGGCCGUUGACUGGAUUGAAAACUCUGUCAUCUGGUGCAAUGCGGAAAGAGGAACAAUACAGAAAGUGGACACAGAUGGGAGAAAUGCAAAGACUCUUUUAAGAGACCUGUCUCAGCCAAGCAGUGUUGCUGUUGAUCCAAAUGAUAGAUAUAUUUUCUGGUUAUCAGAUGGGGUGACUCCUAGUAUCCAGCGUUCAGAUAUCACAGGUGGGAUGAUGACAACAGUGCUGAAAGUUGCAGACAGACUAAAGGUUUUGGCCAUAGACCACAGGGAUAGGAGAUUAUUCUGGGUUCAGCAAGGCCUUGCAGCGCACAUGGCAAUGGGUUCCUGCAACUACGAUGGCAAUAUUAUCAAUGUCUUCAAUCAGCCCAUAAGAUCCCAGUCUCUGAGGAUGACAAUUUUCCUGGAUUAUGUGUACCUAACAGACUCUAAAUCCAAAAGCAUAACACAAGUAAACAAGUACACAGGGGGCCCUGUGAAGAAUGUCAAUUCCAAAAGGAUGCCGAAUGCCCCUGCUGAUGUCAAAGUGGUACAUCCCAUCAAUCAGCCAGUGGUGGAGAUUGCUACUCCAUUCACUUCAGGCUGUAAUCCACAGAGAGGACAGUGUGUGAAAGUGUGUUCCAGUCACAGUGACAAUGGUCUUUGCCGCUGCAGGGAUGGUUUUUCUUUCAGUAAACAAGGCAACUUCUGUGAAGAUAUAAAUGAAUGUGCCUUGUGGAAUCACGGCUGCUCACUGGGGUGUGAGAAUGUUCCGGGCUCCUACUUUUGCACCUGUCCCAUGGGCUACAUGUUACUGCCUGAUAUGAAGACCUGCCAAGAUGCUAAACCCUGUCUGGAGAAUGGGACAGUUUGUGACUAUGCAUGCAUCAGAACAGCAGAAGGAGAUGUUUGUGUGUGUCCAGAGGGAUCUGUACUAAAGGCCAAUGGGCGUACGUGCACAGGCUGUUUGUCUGCAGAUCGUGGAGGCUGCAGUCAGGUGUGUGUGACAUUAUAUCCAGGCCAGUGGGAGUGUGAGUGCCAACCUGGAUAUCAGCUACAGCCCGAUGGAAAACACUGUGCUGCCACAGGCAAGUUCCACUGAACAACUUUGUCUCAUCUCUUUGCUGUAUUUUGCACAGGGCCUCCACCGUACCUGUUAUUUGCCAAUGUAUUGGAUAUAAGACAGAUUAACACAGAUGGCACAAAGAACAGGAGACUGCUGGAGGAGCCAAGGGGCACUAUCAUAGCUGUGGACUAUGAUCCAGUGCAGAACAAGGUGUAUUUUGCAGACAAAGGCCUGAAGCGUAUUGUGAGGGCUUCACUGGAUGGAGGUUUCAGAGAGAUCGUGUUCUCCACUGGGCUUGACUCACCUGAGGGGCUGGCUGUGGACUGGGUCAAUCACAAGCUGUACUGGACUGAUAGAGGAUUAUCCUCAAUUUCCCGCAGCAGUUUAAAUGGCCUUGACAGGGAGGUGUUUAUAGAUAAAGACAUAGAGAAACCCAGAGGCAUUACCCUACAUCCUCAGGCACAGAAGGUAUACUGGACAGACAUGGGGAGUCGCCCUUCAGUGGAGCGGUCAGGUCUGAACAGAGAGAUGCGUGAAGUUGUGGUCAGCACUGGACUGGUGUCUCCUAGUGGACUAGCUGUGGACCAUGGCUCCCAGCGUCUGUACUGGUGUGACCUGAGCAGAGGUCUGAUUGAAUCAGCCAGCCUGAAUGGUUCUGAUCGCCUUGUAAUAAGCGAGAACCAAGUAGGUCAUCCGUUUGACAUUGCUGUGUUUGAGAAUGUGCUCUGGGUCAGUGACUGGGAGGGUCACUUGCUCUAUCGGCUGGACAUAAGAACUGGACAAAACCCUGAGCUUCUCCAUGUUGACUCUAUUCAACCAGCUGCUCUGGUUGUUGUCCAUCCUCUCGCCAAACCAGGAGGGGAUCUGUGUCUUCAUGAAAAUGGAGGGUGUGCCCAAGUGUGUGAGAGCAGACUGGGAUUGGCUCAUUGCUCCUGUCACUCAAAUCACAUCCUAUUAGAUGAUGGCAAAGACUGCCUGCCAACAAACACAUCAUUUACUGGUGAUGGUGAAUUAAGCGAUCAUCUGAGCAAUAAAACACUAAAUGAUGAGAGCACACCGUUGGCCAUAUCAGACCUCCAUUCAGAAGGAGACCAGCUUUUCAAUGAGAAGAUGCUGUCAGACCAGGAUGACUGCGACUCUCUUAAUUGUGAUGUGAACGCUCACUGCACGCUGGAGGGAGGCAGAGCAGUGUGUCAGUGUGUGAGAGGUUUCACUGGUGAUGGGGAGCUAUGUGUGGAUAUUGAUGAAUGCACAACAGGCCUGGCAGAGUGUAGCAGUUCUCAGUGUGUGAACACAGGAGGUGGAUAUUUCUGCCAGUGCAAAACUGGAUUCAUUGGAGAUGGUCAUCACUGUAUGGAUAUAGAUGAGUGUCGGUUAGAUAUGCAUGACUGUGAUGUGCACGCAGAGUGCCUGAAUACAGUAGGAAAAUAUCAGUGUAGAUGUACAUCUGGCUACACAGGCACUGGAUUCAGCUGUCAGGAGGAGUUUAAGGGCACCCCCUCUUUGCUGAGUACGAGUAGUCCACUUGAUGUCACUUCUCCAUUGCAACACAACACUGUGCAGAGUUGCCCCUCAACACAUGACUCCUACUGUCUGUAUGAAGGAGUGUGCCUUUAUUUCCCUGAGAUGGAGUCUUAUGCCUGCAAAUGUGUGCCGGGCUACAUGGGGGAGCGCUGUCAGUUCAGUGAUCUUGAAUGGUGGGAGCUGCAGCAAGCUGAACAGGAGAAGAGAAGGAAUAUGGGUAUAGCAUUGUGCAUUGUGCUCCUUGUUACCCUGCUCUCCAUCGCUGCCUGCGUCACCUACUGCUAUGGGUCUAAAAGACAUUUUGGAACGUGUCCCGGAGAAGAUGAUGUGAGUGACAUGAGCAUGAGUGAGGACAGUAUCACUGAAACAACAGCUGUCACACCACAGGUCUAUGUGGUUUUGGACACUAGUCCCUGUGGUGAUGAAAAGGUCCUUCAUGUUGUGGAGUGUCCCAGAAGAGCCAUAUGCCCCUUUUGCUCCACAGAACCAGGAGAGAGUUUUGCUCUAGAUGAGGCUGAGACGCCACAGAAACACAAACUUGGUCUGGAUGUUGCCAACUUCUCUGUAUCCUGCGACAUACACAAAUUGUUGGUUAUAGAGAGGACAGCUGAUAAGCUCAUCUCUUUAGAAGACUAUAAGUCAACGCCCCAGUGAUUCACCAGAAAGCCCUCACUGGAGGCUGGCCCAUGUACCGCUAAUGUGAAUAUUUUCAAUGUUGAAUUCAAUGUCAUUCAAUGUAAUUGAGCCAGAUGAGGGAGUACAUUCACAAUGAGGUUUUCAUGUUUAAAAAAAAAAAAAAACAAAAAAAACAAGGUUCAAGUAGCAGCAGUUAUUUUUCAGAUGAUUUCAUACACAAACUAGGUCACUACCUGGUUACUAUUCAUUCAGAGAUGGAGAUAAGACAUGCAGGGAUCUGUAAAACCAGUGCACAUCCCUCUAAUGGUUUUAUGGUUUCAAAAUAAAUAAGAGCUAUAGGAUGUUUUAAGAUCAUUUCAUCUAGUCUACAAGGAGGCAAUCACAAACAACUUAAUGUUGCUUUGAAGGCUGUUCUAGUUCUAACUAAGCCACAUUAGACAUAGUAUACAAGUCCCUGUCACAAAAGUUAAGCUUUUUGUUAUAGUAUUGCAUACUAACUGUGUAAAUAGUAAACAUACCUCUUUUUUGCCUUGCAUAUUGUGUAUCGAUUGUGAUCUUGUUAACUAUAUUGAACUAAUGUAUUUUCAUUUUAAAGGCUGUUGAUAUUUUAAUAAUGGGUUUGAGCAGGUGAAGCAGGAAAAGAGAGACUCAUCCUGCUUUGUAAGCAGAAAAUAAUAUGCUAAUUGUCUAUUUUUCUUCAGAUCUUGUGAGUAGGGUGUAAUUUCUGCACUACCGUGGGUACCAAACAGACUUGCAAAAAUAAUCACUGUUUUUAAACAGGUUAACCAAACACUCCACCUGUCUGCAACUGGUCAGAAAACAGGUACUUUUAGUUGUCUUAGCAAAUUAAACUUGGUGCAAGGGAAUUGUUACACACACACACACACAAAGAGUAACAUUUCAGUGCUGUAUCAAUGGCCUGUUAAAAUCAGCAUUUACCAAAAAAAAAAAAACAAACAAAAAAAAAACUUUUACAAAGAAAUUACAAAACACAUUCUAUGAUGAACCCACUAUAAAAUAUGUCAGAUUUCAGAUAAAUGGUUUAUAAUUAUAUUGAAUCAUGUUUAAAUUAUUUAAGAACUGAAAACUGAACAGUUUAGUAGGUCUCACCCAUUUGGAAACUGGGCAGACCCGCAUUUAAUCUGCGCACAUACAGUAGAAACUGCAGAUUUCCACAGAACUGGAACAUCAUUAUUCAAAAUGUUUACAUAUCUGCAGUGCAUGUUUGUUUAUUAAAUUUUUAGAAUAAUUGUAUUAUGCUUCCAACUAAAAGUGUAGUUGUUUCAGCUCAAUUUAACACAUUAAACCAUGUAUAAAUCCAUUUCACAGACUUUCACCCAAAAUCAUUGCAGAAAAUGUGAAACAACGCCACAGAUUCCGUCUUGAUCUAGUCAUGGGGGAAGUUAGAGCAAUAUUUUGGCAACAAGCUAUAUACUGUAUGUUUAAAGGUGCACUCAGUAACUUUUGUCUUUGUGUCAUCUUGGACACUGACACCUAGCGGCUUGGAUGCUGCAUAAUUUAAAAUCAAUAGUUUUCAGUUUCAGAUGCCAUUGUAGAAAUGUAGUAUUCACAGUCAGCCAUGAUUAUUUAAAUCAAUGAGUGAAAGUGUCAAAUAACAGGAUGGUUACUGAGAUUAAACGUGUAGUGUUCGGCUGGUCAUGUGAUUCUAAUAUGGCAGCCCCCAUGUGCGGACUUUCUCCAUGUAGAAUAAACAACUUUUAUAAGGUUACUGAUAUGUCUGGAGUCUUCAUUUUAAUGUGAGUGGUCAUGAUUUCCUACAUAUAUUGCAAAAUUACAGUUCAUGUCAUGACAAUUGCUGAGUGCACAUUUAAACUACAUCUAUAUAUUGGUUUUUACAACAGACACUAUUUGUGCUGGGAUUAUAAGGUUUUAACCUACUUCUGCUGUUUAGAAAUGAUAGGCCAGAACAAAAAACAGCUGAAGAUUGAAGUAUUAUAUUGGACUAGACAACAUUUUAUUGUUGUUGUUGUUGUUGUAAUAAAUGUAACAUUGGAAACAUCAUUAGUAUAAUGCCAAAUUGAGAGCAAUAUACAGUGCAUAUAAACAUCACGAAACAAAGGGAAUCAGAGGUUCCUUGUGCAUUAUUUUCCAAGCCUUAAUUGCAAAUAGCCAGAAAUUAAAUGCCAAAAAUAUUUUAAAACAAUGCUAUAUUUUGUUUAUUUUAUUUAUCAGUGAUAUUUUUAAAGAACUUUCAUCUGAUGACUACUAUAAAGUUCCUAAACUUCAGCUGGAAAUCUCA